GCUCUUCCACCUGGGAUUACAGGAAGGGCCUGAUACAGGAGACUGCGGGUUGGUAAAUGGCGAGAGUCUGAAAAUAUAGAUAGAUAGAUAGAGAGAGAGAGAGAGAGAGAGAGAGAGAGAGAGAGAGACUUGGUCUGUGAAUAAAGGAGAGAAGCUACGUUCUGCAACUUCCCCAGAAGGAACAGACGGCAAAUCAGUCUGAAGGGUCCCGAUCCGAAACGUCACCUAUCCAUGUCCUCCUGAGAUGCUACCUGACCUGGAUAUGAGUUAAAGAUCCCUUUACUGUCAACUUCCAGAUAUUAUAGACUUUUAGUGAGAUUGUGGAUAGUUCUCCACCUUCAUGCCUUUUAACAAUGGCACGUUACAGAUACUUCAUAUUUAAUCAGCGUGCAAUGGUCCCACUGGGAAUUCUACAACUAGCUUGUUCCACAAUCUGUAUAGUUUGCAGCUUCAUAGAUGGAUUUUUUCGGAAAGAUUCCGUGCUCCGUCGGACUAGAAUACCCAUCUGGACAGGCAUGGCACUCGCAUUUCCAGGCAUUCUGGCAUUAUUUUCCUCGCAGAGAAAGAAUCCCAUUAUUGUGACUGCUAUGAUUGCAUCAGCUGUACUUUCUUGGAUAACCACAACUGUUUUGAUAAUAUAUGCUGCAUUGACAUUGAGUUAUGGUGAAGAUGACGAUGAAGUGUUUCAACAUAAAACCAGUGAAGCAAUUCAUGUGGAAUACAUACUCAGCAAAUUUGUUCAAGGAGCCAAUAUGAUCAUAUUAUUUGCAUCUGUGGUUGGUAUUCUGAUGGCAACUAUCAUAGCCUAUCUUGGCUGUCAAAGCCUUCCCACCCGUGGCUGCUUUGACAGUACAACGGGAAUGCAGGCAUUGAUGACAGAAGACCAUCCGCCUCAGAUGAUUGAGUUAGUCAGUAACUGGCAAGAUCAUAGUUCUGUGGGUGCUAAAACACCAGCCAGGAAGCCAUUUGAGGAGUUAUUUUAAGCAACAAGAUUUGAAGUGGAUUAUAUUAGGAAAGGUGAUGGAAGCAAAUGCAUACUUUCAAAAUAAAACAGUGUUCAUGAAAUACUCAAACUUUAUGGUGCUAUCAGGAAGUUGCCAAGAACUGAGACUGACUGUACAACUCAUUCAAAGAGCCAGUAAAACAAAAAAUCUGAGACAACUAGAAAUCUAAAAUAACAGGAAAUAUUAGAAACACUCAGCAGGCCAGGCCACAUCUGCAGGAAUAGAAACAGUGAAUGUUUCCGGUUAAAUAUGUUUCUUCAGAAUCCAUGCUUAAGGUUGAAUCCAGGAAUUUCUGUCCAGUGUGGUUCAGCAUACAUUUUAUUCACAAUGCCUUUAGAGAGUUGAUAUGUAAUAGCAAUUAUCAUCUGGCACCUGACUGUGAUUUUUAUU